UUUUUUUUUUUUUUUUUUGCACCGGGGUUUUCCUUUCGGAUUGCUUUUUUUUUUUGCAAUUAGGAUUAUUUUUGCCUUUGACCCUCCCGCGUCAUGCGAUUUUUUCCUCCUGGUCUGUUACAACGUGCUUGAAAACUACUUCAGUUCUAACAGCCCAGAAGUAUUAGCCAAGCCCUUCACGCUCCCGUUCUGGGCCUCAUCAUCCAAGGGGUUGGCUUGUCUUGACAGAGUCCCCGCUGCUGCUGCUUUGCCCAAGUGGUCUGUGUUUUGAAGGAUAUAAAAUGUACCAGAGCUUGGCACUUGCUCCAAACCCUGGCCAGUCGGCCUACUCCCACGAUUCCAGCAAUUUCCUACACUCACCAGCAAGUCCAGCCGUGUACGUGCCCACCAGCCGAGUUUCCUCAAUGCUCCAGGGCCUGCCCUACUUGCAAAGCUGUGACCCUGCCCACCAAGGUCACCCUCUGGGCAGUCACCCAGGAUGGGGCCAGCCAGCUGGUGCUGAGGCAUCCCACUUCAAUGCUGGCAACCCUCACCCAUCAUCAGGUUUUUCCUACACCCACAGCCCUCCUGGGGGUAGCAGCGCUGGUCGAGACGGGGGCUACCAAAGUCCGCUAUUGCUGGGCGCUGGAGGGCGUGACCAGUAUGGCAACACUCUAAUGCGUUCGGUCAAUGGAUCCUACUCCAGCCCGUAUCCUGGUGCUUAUGUCAGCCCAGCCGAGAUGCCCCCAUCCUGGCCCGCAGGGCAUUUUGAGAGCAGUGUUUUGCAUAGCCUCCAGACACGACAAGGAACCUUACCUGGCCGGAGAUCUACGUUUGAGUUCUUGGAGGAAUUCCCCGGUGAUGGCCGAGAGUGUGUUAACUGUGGGGCCAUGUCCACCCCGCUAUGGAGGAAAGAUGGCACAGGGCAUUACCUAUGCAAUGCCUGUGGCCUCUAUCAUAAAAUGAAUGGUAUCAACCGGCCUCUCAUCAAGCCUCAGAAAAGACUGGUAAGGCUGACUCAUGCCAAGCUGUUGCUUUUCUUGUAAUGUUUAAGGGAUCCUUCCCACCCAUUUACAGUAUCUCUAAUGUGUGUUUCAUUGUCCUGACCUACCUUAGCCCCACUGCCCUCUUCGUUAUGUACGUAAGCACUGGCUUCCAGUCUGAGAGGGGACAUGGGGCUUCCAUGUCUGGAGGUUCUUGAGCUCUGAAAUAACUGUAGUAAGAGAAAAACCCCUCCUGGCCAAUCAAAUGAAAAUCAUCUAGCAAUCUCCCUUAGACAUCCCUUGCCUUUAGAGCAGAAUUUCUCAACUUCAGCAACUUUAAGAUGCGUGGAC